GCUCCGAACGGAAGGGGCCGGGCACCAUUCACCGCGGGGUCCCGGAGCCUACAGGCGGGUGGGAGGGGCUGGAGCUAAAGUUUCGGGAUAGGGGUCCCCUGGCCGUGGCAAUGGAAUUGGGUCCCGCUGUGUCCCCCGGGCCUUCCCGUUCAUUCAAGGAGGAGCUGCUCUGUGCCGUCUGCUACGACCCCUUCCGCGACGCCGUGACUCUGCGCUGCGGCCACAACUUCUGCCGCGGGUGCGUGACUCGCUGCUGGGAGGUGCAGGUAGCGCCCACCUGCCCGGUGUGCAAGGACCGCGCGUCCCUUGCGGACCUGCGCACCAACCACACCCUCAACAACCUGGUGGAGAAGCUGCUGCGGGAGGAGGCCGAGGGCGCGCGCUGGGCGGGCCACCGCUCCCCGCGCCUCUGCCGCUCACACCGUGGCCAGUUCAGCCUCUUCUGCCUCGACGACAAGGAGCUGCUGUGCUGCUCGUGCCAGGCUGACCCCCGGCACCAGGGGCACCGCGUGCAGCCAGUGAAAGACACUGCCCACGACUUUCGGGCCAAGUGCAGGAACAUGGAGCAUGCGCUGCGGGAGAAAGCCAAGGCCUUCUGGGCCAUGAGGCGCUCCUACGAGGCCAUUGCCAAGCACAAUCAGGUGGAGGCUGCGUGGCUGGAAGGGCGAAUCCGGCAGGAGUUUGACAAGCUCCGCGAGUUCCUGCGCGUGGAGGAGCAAGCCAUCCUGGACGCCACGGCUGAGGAGGCAAGGCAGAAGCAGCGUCUGGUGGAGGAGAAGAUGAAGCGACUGGCGGAAGACACCGAAGCUCUGGCCCAUGAGAUUGAGCGUCUGCAGGCGGAGAUGAAGGAGGACGAUGUUUCUUUUCUCAUGAAACACAAAAGCCGAAAACGCCGCCUCUUCUGCACCAUGGAGCCAGAGCCCGUCCAGCCUGGCAUGCUCAUCGACAUCUGCAAGUAUCUGGACUCCCUGCAGUACCGCGUCUGGCGGAAGAUGGUCACGUCUGUAGAGUCCGUGCCUUUCAGCUUCGAUCCCAACACCGCGGCCGGCUGGCUCUCUGUGUCCGAUGACCUCACCAGUGUCACCAACCACGGCUACCGAGUGCAGGUGGAGAACCCGGAGCGCUUCUCCUCGGCGCCCUGCCUGCUGGGCUCCCGCGUCUUCUCCCAGGGCUCCCAUACCUGGGAGGUGGACCUGGGGGGGCUGCCGAGCUGGCGGGUGGGUGUGGUGCGGCUGCGCCAGGACGCCGGCGCCGAGGGCCACUCGCACAGCUGCUACCAUGACACCCGCUCGGGCUUCUGGUACGUGUGCCGCACGCAGGGUGUGGACGGGGACCACUGCGCGACCUCGGACCCGGCCACGUCGCCUUUGGUCCCGGCCAUCCCUCGCCGCCUGCGCGUGGAGCUGGAGUGUGAGGAGGGUGAGCUGUCCUUCUACGACGCCGAGAGCCACUGCCACCUCUACACCUUCCACGCCCGCUUUGGGGAGGUGCGGCCCUACUUCUACCUGGGGGGCGCACGGGGGGACGGGCCCCCCGAGCCUUUGCGCAUCUGCCCCCUGCGCAUCACUGUCAAGGAGGAGCUGGAUGGCUAAGGCCGGCCCGGAGCCUGCCCGACGCUGCCUGGGACUUGUGUCAUGGUCUUGCUUCCUUUCUGUCCCUCUUCGUCAAGCCAUGCUUACCUCAGUACCUCUGAACCAUCGGCCUCCUUGCCAGGAUCUGCCUGCUGACGAGUCCUGUCCUUUUCCUGUGACUCCAGGCCCAAGCCAUCUCCUUGGUUUCUGGUCCCUUCUCCAACCACAGUUGAAAGUCAUCCAGGAGACACCUCAUUCCCCAGAGUCAUGGCACCUUCAGGAUGUGAAUUUUCUAAAUCCGAAUUCCAGGAUAUAUGGGGGUAACAUUUACUUUGAGAAUGGGCCUGUUUAACAUGUAGGUUUUAUUAUCUGGGUAUGAUGACGUCAGCAGACCAGGAGAGUCUGCAAUGGGAAAGCGUUUGUUAUUUGCUAUUCCCAAGAGGAGGGCCCCACCAUGCCAGGGGAGCGGCCACAUGGGGAAGCACCAGGGCCCCUUAGAAGCAGAGGGAUUUGAGGAAGUGCAAGGUAGGAGACUGCUGUGGUUUUAGUGACAGGAACAGGUGAGGCAGGGCUCUGGGUAGACAGGUUUGGACUCUGCUAGUUUGAAUGAUCUCGGCAGGCUCUGGGGCAUAGGGACUGCCCCCAGUUGUCAGGGGUGCCUGGGAUAGGGGAUGAUCGGGAGGGGAAACGGUGGCCCAGUGUGUUAGAGCCCUGUGAGAGCCAGGUAAAGGGAGCAGUUGGGGGUUAGCCCGAUAGCUCUGGAUUGGUUGGUUUGUAUACGAAAGGCGUGCUCUCAGGGAGUUGAUUGCUUUCUAGGAAUUGGCUAGCCCUGGGAGGAGCAGUUUCCCAUAGUCAGAGUAUCAAGAAUACAGAAAAUAAAAUCUAGUUCAUACAGCGCUGCUGCUGUGGGUUUGGGGCAGGACCCAGGCCCAACUUGUCUGUCACUUUAUACCAGUAUUUUAAAACCACUCCACAGAGCCCCCGCUUGUCCCCCGGGGCAGAGGCAAGGCUGUCAGGUCAGCUCUGAUGUAUCUAUUUACACUUCUUGGACUAUUUCACUUAGGAAAGGUGAUUUUAAAAACCACAGUUUAGACCCGUUCCUGCUGUGGGCCUCGAUUCCUCAUCUGUAAAUGCGAUAGGAGGACUGGAGAAUUAUGUCCUCUAGUUGCUGUGAUGGAAAUAGCUCUGAUUCAUUCUUAUAAAGUAACGAGAAAGGAAGGAAAGAAAGGUCCUUUUCAGUGAGGAGUAGGAAAGGGAUGCAGUCUGGGAGGGCCUAGAGGGAGAAGGGCGGGAGGUACCUACCUCGCUUGGCCUUUGCUGCCCUCAUCCGGCUCCUUCUUGCUCUACUGCCCUCUGUGUUUUCAUCCUGAUUUCUUCUGCCCCCCACCCUGCUGUGCCUAUGAACCUAGAACGCCACCUUUUCUUUCUCAUACCUGCCUGCAGAGGGUUUUUAAUUGUCAGCUGUCCCGUCCCAGGAAACAGCAUGGUGAAAGGAAAUACUGGCCUGUAGGGGUGGUGGUGUUCUCCUCGGGGGCAUGUUCCCGUGCCCCAGGUUCACAGAAAGGAUGAUUCAAAACUAUGAAGUGGUUAUAAACGUGACAUGUACAGUUGAUGUGGGCCACGGGGAGGGACGCCAUAGGAGAUGCCACUAGGUGAAGGGGACGGGGUUGGAAUGUUGGCACACUGGUGUGCACAGGCCCCGUCAGAACGCACUGAGGCUCAGGGAGCUCAAGGCACUUUGUGGCCAACACGUCUGAGACCAGUGUGCAGUCUCUAUGCAUUUAUCUAGCCCAUCAAAUAUAAUCUCUAGGGUAAUCUUGACCUGAAAUUAUUUUGUUAGUUAUAUAAUAAACUUUUAAAAAUGUUUUUUAUUUCCAACUUAGAAACUGGAAAGGGGUUUUUAAAUAGGAUAAUUUGGAUAGCCUGGACCUCUUUUUUAAAAAAAAUAAAAAUGAUAUUUGAGCUAAAAUCCA